AUGGCCACCGAUAAGGAAGAAGAAAUUGCAAAACUUGAAGAACAACUGAAAAAGCUACGGGAAGAAGCUGAUCAAGGCGAAGAAGGAGCUGUUGACGAUGGGGCACAGGCAGCACCGGAAGCAGAAGUUGUGGUUCCAGAAGCCAUGUUCUUGUCGGAAGGCUGGAAGGAAGCGGAAGAAUCAGAGGGCUCGGGAAUGCUCACCAAAGUUCUAGGUGCUAUAGGCUUGGCGGUGGUUCUAGCAAUCUUUUCUCAAGUCCCCAUUGGACAAGACGAUUACUCCAAGUAUUCGGAAGUCAAAGCAUCCACAGGGACCAUCGAUCUCGGUGACAUCAACCGAGCCAGAAAUGCCGGUGAUCUGUAA